AUGGCGGGAACUGAGAAUGGGCCUAUUCUGCAAUUUGCACCCUUUCAGAGUUCUGUGGAUGCCGGUUUUUGGCAUGAAUUAUCUUCGUUGAAACUCAACAAAUUAAAAACUGAUGAAUCUCCAAUCCCAAUAACCGGUUAUUACACACCUUGCUCCAAUUCUCAAGUAUCAAGCCAUCUAACUCUGCUUACUGAAUCCUUGCCAACUGACCCAACUGAUGAACAACAAGCCAAAACAAGUCAUGGGAACAGAAACAAAUGCUCUGUGCCUGGCAUUCUUUACAACACAAACACAUUAGAAGGGUAUUACGCUCUGGAUAAACAAGCUCUGUUAAAGGCUGAAGCAAAGAAGAUUUGGGAUGAUAUUCAAUCUGGAAAAGCAGAGGAGGACAGUUCUGUCCUUUCAAGGUUCCUUCUUAUAUCAUUUGCAGACCUCAAGAAAUUUAACUUCUAUUACUGGUUUGCUUUUCCUGGUAUCGUUCUUGACCCUCCAGCAACUUUGGUUGAUUUGAAGCCAGCAUCAAAAUGGUUCACCCCAAAAGAGGCUGAAUCUGUGUCUGCAUCCUGUAAUGAGUGGCGUAUGUCAAGUUUAACAGCAGGUGUGCCAUUCUUUUUGGUCUCCAUUUCUUCAAAUUCACAAGCUGCUAUUAGACCUUUGAAGGACUUUGAAACUUGUCAACGUGAAGGGCAUAAGAUGCUCUUUGGUUUCUAUGAUCCUAGUCAUCUUCCAAACAACCCUGGAUGGCCUCUUCGCAACUUUCUUGUCUUCAUUUCUGCAAAAUGGAACCUGAAAAAGAUUCAGUUUUUAUGCUAUCGUGAGAACCAUGGGUUUGCUGAUUUGGGUUUAUCCCUUGUUGGUGAAGCUCUGAUCCAACCUUCACAAGCAUGGCAAGAUCAAGAUCAUGUGCCUAAUGCAGUUGGAUGGGAACUGAAUAAAGGGAAAAGAUCAUCUAGAUGCAUUAACCUAUCUACUUCCAUGGACCCCACUAGGAUGGCUAUAUCGGCUGCAGAUCUGAAUCUAAAACUGAUGAUGUGGCGAGCACUGCCAUCUUUGAACUUGACCAUGUUGUCUACUACCAAGUGCCUUCUGUUGGGAGCCGGGACCCUUGGAUGCCAGGUGGCCCGCAUGCUUAUGGCAUGGGGUGUGCGAAAAAUAACAUUGGUGGAUAGUGGUAAAGUCGCCAUGUCAAAUCCAUUAAGACAAUCCCUAUACACCUUGGAAGAUUGUCUCAAUGGUGGUGAUUUCAAAGCCUUGGCAGCAGUUAAAAGUCUGAAACGAAUUUUUCCAGCUGUGGAAGCAGAGGGUGUAGUGAUGGCAAUACCUAUGCCAGGGCAUCCAGUUGCUAGACAAGAAGAGGAAAAAGUGGUUGAUGACUGCAAACGUCUUUCUGAUUUAAUCGAGUCUCAUGAUGCUGUUUUUUUGUUGACUGAUACACGCGAAAGUAGGUGGCUUCCAACUCUUUUAUGUGCCAAUGCUAAUAAGGUUACAAUUACGGGUGCAUUGGGGUUUGAUAGUUUCUUGGUAAUGCGCCAUGGUGCGGGCCCACUACUCAGCAGAAAUACACCAUCAAAAGCUGAGACUGUUGUUGGCUCUUCUUUAUCUGCUGGUGUUGAAGAAAUGUCACUGGGACAGAAAGAUAGCAAGCCGAGACUCGGUUGUUACUUUUGUAAUGACGUUGUUGCCCCUGUGGAUUCAACAGCUAACCGCACUUUGGACCAACAAUGCACGGUUACACGUCCUGGACUUGCCCCUAUUGCAUCCGCCCUUGCGGUUGAACUUUUGGUUGGGAUUUUGCAUCAUCCUCAUGGGAUAUCAGCAAAAGCCGAAUUUGGAAACUCUUUGGAUAGUGUAAACAGCGAACAAGCUCUUGGGAUAUUACCACAUCAAAUCCGUGGGACCCUCUCGCAGUUUUCUCAAAUGAUACUUGUGGGCCAUUCCUCAAAUAGCUGCACUGCUUGUUGCCCGAUUGUGGUUUCGGAGUAUAGGAAAAGGGGACUGGAAUUUGUUCUAGAAGCUAUUAAUCAUCCUACUUAUUUGGAGGAUUUAACGGGACUAACGGAGCUCAUGAAAUCAGCAAACUCUUUUGAACUUGACUGGGAUAACGAGACUGAUGAUGAUGAUUGUGUUGAAAUCUGACACUGUUUUUAUGGCACGUGGCUAACUCUUUGUGAUGAAAUACGUUGACAAUUGUACAAAAACUGGAAAUUUAACCAACUUCUUUAUGGAUGGAUUACUUUGUGGAAAUAACAGUUAGACCCUUCUGUUAUUGGAUAAAUACGAUUGUGUCUGGUU